AUGCACCUCUCAAAGCUCAAAGUGGCAGAGCUGCGAUCCCUGCUCGAGGAAGCUGGCAUCACGGUGGCGACGAAGGCGACGAAGGCGGUUUUGGUUGCGGCUGUCGAGGCUGCAUUGUCGGACGGCUCUCUCGUUCUCGAGGCUGAAGCACCGCAGCCUGGGAAGCGCGCACGCGUUGAGGCGCUUGGCACAGAGGAGCCAGCCAAGAGGACUGCUUCAGAUGGUGCGGAAGACAAGCGCAAGGCGGCCGCUGAAGCCGCCGCUAAGGCCGCGGCAGCGGCCGCGGCGGCGGCUGAAGAAGUGGAGAGGGCGGAGGCAGAGGCAGCGGCAGAGGAGGCGGCGGCGGAAGCGGCGGCUGCCGCGGCGAAGGCGCGACGGAGGGCAGCUGCGACAGCAAAGGAGAGGGCGGAGAAGGAGGCGGCGGGGGCGGUGGAGGCAGCUUCGGCCAAGGUGCCGCCCGCCCUCCAGUCCCUCCAGUCCCUCGCAGGGCGCGAGGUGGUGCUGACGGGCCUCAAGGGCCGCCCCGAGCUGAACGGCACGCGCGUCAAGGUCGGGCGGCUUUGCACCGACGGCGAGUCAGCCGGACGGUACGAGGUGCGGGUCGGCAAAGAGAGGAUCGCCCUUCGCAGCACAAACAUGAAGCUGGUCGAGGCACCGGAGGCGGCGGCACCGGCAGCGGCGGCCGACCCUGCGGCGGGCUCGGAGACUGAAGACAACGACUCGUCGGAGACGGAGGAGGAGGUUGCGGAGACGCAGGAGCGGAGCUCGUCGACCGAGGACGAGGAGGAGGAGAAGGAGGCGCCUCCGCCUGGGCCGAGCGUGGCAGAGACCGCCGCUGCCGCUGCCGCCGCCGCCACCACGGCCGAGGCCGCCGCAGCGCGGGCUGCAGGCGAGGCGGCGGCUGCAGAGGCGGCGGCGGUGGCAGCCCAGUCGGCGGCCGAAAAGGCGGCCGCUACUGAGGCGGCGCUGAGAGAGGAGGCGGCGACGAGCGCCGAGGCGGAGGCGGAGGCGGAGGCGGCGGCGGCCGAGGCUGCACGGGGGGCGGCGACGGCAGCGCAGCAGGAGCGGCGCGCGAAGGAGGCGGCGGCGGCGGCAGGGGAGGUGCGGUUGGCGGCGGCCGCCGCGGCGCGAGAGCAGCUGGCGACGGGCGAGGCCGAGGCCGAGGCGGCGGCGCGCACAGCGGCCAGCGCAGCCAAAGGGGGGCGGGAGGAGGCGGUGGAGGCGGCGGCGAGGGCGGAGCAGCGCAAGGCUGCAGCCUCCGACGAAGCCGCGCGCAUCGCGGCCGAGGAGGAGGCGGCGGCGGCGGCGGCGCGUGCGGCGGUGGCCGAGGCACAGGCGGGUGCGGACGCCAAGGAGGCGGCGGCCAAGGCUGCGGCCGAGGCUGCGCGGGUCGCCGCGGCUGAGGCUGCCGCAGCGCUGCGGGCUGUGCACCAGCUGGCGGAGGCUGAAGCGACGAGGGCCGCGGCGGCUGAGGCGGCAGCCGCGCGUGUGGCGGCGGAGAAGGCGGCGGCGGAGGAGGAGGCGAGCAGGGCGGCCGCGGAGGUUGAGGCGGCAAAGCAGAGUGCGGAGAAGGCGGAGGCGGCGGAGAAGGAGCGGGCGGCGGCGGUGGCGGCCGAUCGAGAGCGGCUAUCGGCGGAGGCAGCAGAUGCGGAGGCUGCGGCUCGCGCGGCGGCGGAGGCGGCCGAGGCGGCGCGGGCCGCGGUGUCGCGAGUUGCGGCGGAGGAGGAGGAGCGCAAGGCGGCGGCGGCGAAGGGGUCGGAGCACCGAGCAGCGGAGCGGCGCGCAGCCGUCGCGGCAGCUCGCACGGCGACGCAAGAGGCGGAGGCGGAGGCGGCGCGGAAGGCGGCGGAGGCGGUGGAGGCGUCGGCGGCGGCGCGAAAGGCGGCGGCUGUAGCGGAAGCGAAGACGGGCGAGGCGAGGGCGGCUAAGGCCGAGCUGUGCCUCGCUUGUCGACUGGCGCGGGACAUCGGCAUGCCGCCGACCUGA